AUGGAUUUGCAGGGGCCUUUGCCUAAUCACGAUUAUGUUCUAGUUGUAAUUGACUACUACUCCAGAUACCAAGAGUUUAAAUUCUUAAAAAAGAUAACUUCCAAAGAUGUGAUUAACUUUUUGAAAGAGAUAUUUUGUAGACUAGGGUAUCUAAAGUUUAUCACGGCGGACAACGGACGCCAAUUUGUCAGCGAAGAGUUUAAAACCUACUGUAAAGAUAACAACAUUGAGCUAAAAAAUUCACCACCUUAUUGGCCACAAGCGAACGGUGAAGUGGAGAACAUGAACCGUCAGAUCGUAAAACGCUUGAAGAUAGCCCACUCUAACGGAAGUGAUUAUAAAGAAGAGAUGCAGAAGUUCACUCUUAUGUACAACGUAACUCCCCAUGGCACAACAGGAAAAGCACCAUCGGAGUAA